AGUUAAAAACCAUCUGAUCAAUUUUGAUUUCGAAAAUUUGAUUUCUUGUUAAAGUCGUAAGUCCUGAGUUUGUUGGAACGUUUGUUGGAACAACUGGACACUUUAUUUUGCAAGCACUGCAGAUGUUCAUAUGCAGUUGCAUGAUACUGAGAUUGUUUCCCUCGUAAACCUAGCACAGUGUUGCAAACUGGGAUUCACCAUGACUGCUGAUGCUGCCCCGCGUUCCUAUCCCUACAGAGGCCAGGAAAACAUCCUGAAGUACAACACCGAAAGUUGGAAUGACCAACAAUCUUUGGCACCCCAUUUAUCUCCAUCGCAGUGGAAGGUUCCAUCGUUUCAGGACAGAUUAAAGCGUAAAGCUGUCGUCGCGCAGAGCUUCAUUUGGCCUUUUGGUGUUUAUGGAUUAGCCAUUGGUUCAGCAUUUGGUUUUUGGAGUUACUUGCACCACAAGAACUUAAAGAUUCCCACCCGGCUGGGCGUCCUGACCGCGCCGGUAUGGGGUGUGGCCACUGCCGCAUUUGCGGUGUUUUGCCCGACGGUGUACUACAAAGACCACUUGGCAGUGAUGGAUCAUCCUUAUGAGCCGGUUGUCUCUGGUCCACCGCCAUCUUCCCACGGGAUGUCGCAAGCGUAGAUGCCUUUGCGUACAAUAUUAUCAAGUGCUGUGUAAAAUAUUGUCAGUUAUGUUUGUUAACAAGUAAUAUGUUGUGUUAGAACAGUUUUACAAAAUAUUGAUUUACGCCUGCUGUGAAUAUGUCUCGCGUGAGCUGUGAAGUAUUUGUUCAAUGAACAGAUCAGAUUAUGCGGUGAUAUGGAAG